GAGUAGGAUAGAAUAGAAUAGAAUGGGUCGAAGAAAGCUUCUGGCCAUUUACAGGGCAGAUAAGAAGAAGCGGCGACAGACAUUUUUGAAGCGGAAGAAAGGACUGUUGAAGAAAGCUCAUGAGCUCUCUCUACUGUGCGGCUCAAGAGUUAUCAUCAUAAUCUACUCUGAAGACGGGCAGAAAUUUGAAGAGGAUUUCAUUGGCUCAUCUUUUCUUCCUCCAAUUGUCCCUGUGCAGAUGGAUCAACAGCAACAGGAUCAGCUCUUGCAUCCUCCAACACCAACUCCAACACCUCUUCCAUCCAACAAUCUCACUCCACAAGAUGCAGCAAUUUUCAGUGCUCUUCCUGAUAUUGUCGCUCUCCCCAAAAUUGGUGCUCAUCCUUUCUUUAAAAUGGAAAUGGAUCCGAUUCUUGAUUUCUUCAAUAUCAAUAUGCAAGCACUCCACAGAUGAUGUUGGAAGAUCUAAGCUUUCCACAGAUGGAUCUUUGGAUCCCAGAAUAAAUUGUAUAUAUAUUUUUUCAAAU